AUGAAACGAACAAUUAGUCUUUUAUGUUUCUUUGCACUUAUUAUUACAAUUGGUGCUCCACCAGUUGUUGAGAAAUCCAAUGACGAUCAACCACAACCUGAUUCAAAAGAUAAUGAGACUGCCGAUGAUGUGUUAAAUAAGCUUGAAUAUGGAAGAUAUUUGAAAGAAGUUGUUGAAAUACUUGAAAGUGAUCCAGAAUUUAAAAAGAAAAUUGAAAAUGCAUCAUUGGAUGAUAUUAAAUCAGGAAAUAUUGCUGAACAUUUAAGUCUUGUUCAACAUCAUAUACGUACACAACUUGAUGAAGCUAAACAACGAGAAAUGACUCGAUUAAAAGAUUUAGUUGGACAAAGAGUUCGUAAUUUAAAUGAAAGACAACGUAUUGCACUUGCUCGAGCUGAUCCAAAUGGGAAAAUGUUGAAAGAAUUUUUGCCUCAACAUAUUGAUCAUAAGAAUUCUGAAACAUUUGGUCAACUUGAUCUUGAACGUUUAAUUCGUCAUGCAUCAAAAGAUCUUGAUGAACUUGAUCGAAAACGUGAACAACAAUUUAAAGAAUAUGAAAUGCAAAAAGAAUAUCAACGUCGACAAAAACUUUCUAAACUUAGUAUUGAAGAACGUAAAAGAUUAGAAAAAUUACAUGAAGAAGCAUUAGAAAAAAAGAAAAAACAUCCAAAAGUAAAUCAUCCCGGUAGUGUUGAUCAAAUGGAAGAAGUAUGGGAAAAAGUUGAUAAUUUAGAUGCAGAUCAAUUUGCACCAAAAUCAUUUUUUCAAUUACAUGAUAUAAAUAGUGAUGGAUUUUUGGAUCAAGGUGAACUUGAAGCAAUUAUGUUAAAAGAGGCAGAAAAAAUACAUGAUGAAACACCAGAAGCUGAUCCAGUUGAAAAACAAGAAGAAAUGGAUCGCAUGCGUGAACAUGUUAUGAAAGAAUUCGAUAAAAAUAAUGAUCGAAUGCUUUCAUUAGAUGAAUUCAUGCUUGGUCUCAAUGGAACAAAUGCCAAAAAUGAACAGGGAUGGCAGUCAAUUGAAGACAAUGCUGUGUUCUCAAAUCAAGAAUUUCAGGACUUUUCCGAGAAAUUGGCUCCAGUAUCAACUUCAAUACCUCCUCAUCAAACUCCUUCACCGGCUAGUAUUCAACAGGCUCAAGUUCAACCUGAAGCAGCAGCUCAACGUCCACCACUGCCUGCAGUACAAGUUCCGCCUCAAGCUCAACCACCACAGCAACAACAGGCUCAUAUUCCUCGAGCACCCAAUAAUUCAUAG